AUCAGCCAAUCCAUUUCCAUCCCAAAACCCUAUUCCUCACUCUCUCUCCUUAAACCCUAGAAAGCGAGAAGUUCCCUCUUUUCUCCUUCCUCCGCCUCUCAAAACUCCACCAGCCAUGGUGAAAUCCUACCUCCGUUACGAGCACGCCCUCUCCUUCGGCGUCAUCGCCUCCAACGACUCCAACAUCGUCCAUGACUCCACAGGCAAGCACCUCCUCACCUCAGCCCUCGACAAAAUCCUAUCUUGGGACCUCAAGAAGGGCGUCGUCUCCAAAACCCUAACCCCUUCAUCCAACCCCUCUCACAAUCUCGCCGUCACUGCGAUCUCCUCGAUCUUGUCGGCGCUGGCGAGCGGGCACGCUGAUGGCAGCGUGAGGUUGUGGGAUUUUGAGAAGGGGAUUUGUGAGGCGACGCUAAAUGGGCAUAAGUCGGCGGUUAGCGUGGUUAAGUUUAAUCGAAAUGGGUCGCUUUUGGCGUCGGGGAGUAAGGAUUGUGAUAUUAUUCUUUGGGAUGUUGUUGCUGAAGUUGGCCUUUUUCGGCUUCGUGGGCAUCGAGAUCAGGUAACGGACCUUGCUUUCUUUGACUUGGGGAAAAAGCUGGUGAGUUGCUCGAAGGACAAGUUUGUAAGGGUAUGGGAUCUUGAUACGCAGCACUGCAUGCAGAUUGUUAGUGGACACCAGAGUGAGAUCUGGUCAUUGAAUAUUGACCAUGAAGAGAGGUUCCUGGUCACUGGUUCAGCUGAUGAGGAGCUGAGGUUCUACCAGAUAAAACAUUCACAGGAGGAAAUUGACUCUUCAAGCAAAUGGGAGGUUUUGAAGCAGUUUGGAGAGAUUCAGCGUCAAAGCAAGGACCGGGUUGCAAAUGUGAGUUUUAACAAAUCCGGUAGCCUACUUGCAUGUCAAGCAGCGGGGAAGACUGUUGAGAUUUACCGAGUUCUGAAUGAUGCUGAAGCUAAGCGCAAGGCUAAAAGAAGAGUCCAGAGGAAGAAAGAGAAGGCUUCAGCUAAAGUAGCUGCUGCGGGAGAAGAGAAUGGAACUGUGAUGGAUGCUGUAGAUAGUCAACAAGCAAGAAUUAUAGUCUCAGAUGUUUUUAAGCUUCUACAGAUUUUACGUGCGAGUAAGAAGAUAUGUUCAAUCUCGUUUUCUCCUGUUGUUUUGGCGAAAGGGCACCUUGCCACGUUAUCCCUGUCUUUGAACAAUAACAUGUUAGAGACCUAUUCAGUCGAAGAUAACAAGAUUUCUAAAACACAUUCAAUCGAGCUCCAAGGACAUCGCUCUGAUAUUAGAAGUGUGGCACUGAGUUCUGACAACACCCUUUUGUUAUCAACCAGUCACAAUGCUGUGAAAAUUUGGAAUCCAAGUACUGGUGCUUGCAUUAGGACUAUUGAGUCUGGAUAUGGGCUGUGCAGUUCCUUUGUCCCAGGUGAUCGCUAUGCACUUGUUGGCACAAAGGAUGGAACCUUAGAGAUCAUUGAUGUUGGAAGUGGGAGUUGCACUGAGGUGAUACAAGCUCAUGACAAGGAUGGGUCUAUCCGAUCAAUUAUCCCAAUCCCAGAUGAGAACGGCUCUUUUGGUUGUAAGGGUUUUGUUACUGGAGGCAAAGAUUAUGAUGUGAAGUUCUGGGAGUAUCAGCAGAAAAAGAAACCUGAUAGCGAGACAAAGCAGCUGCUUGUGACAAAUGUUAGAACUUUGAAAAUGAAUUCAGAGGUGCUUGCGGUUACUGUCAGUCCAGAUGCCAAGUAUAUUGCAGUUUCUGAGAUUGCAUACUCUACUGGUGUCAAGGUGUUCUUCAUGGACUCUUUAAAAUAUUACCUUUCGCUCUAUGGACACAAGAUGCCAGUGCUCUGUAUGGAUAUUUCAUCUGAUGGAGACCUUAUAGUUACUGGUUCUGCAGACAAGAAUAUUAAAUUUUGGGGUUUAGAUUUUGGCGACUGCCAUAAAUCCCGUUUUGCUCAUGCUGACAGUGUUAUGGAUGUAAAGUUUGUCCACAAUACUCACUAUGUGUUUAGUGUGGGGAAAGAUCGCCUUGUAAAGUACUGGGAUGCUGACAAAUUUGAAGUACUUUUAACUCUUGAAGGGCAUCAUGCUGAAGUUUGGUGCCUUGCAAUUAGUAAUCGAGGUGAUUUCAUUGUCACAGGAUCCCAUGAUCGUUCAAUCCGUCGCUGGGAUCGUACUGAAGAACCCUUUUUUAUUGAGGAAGAAAAGGAGAAAGUGGAAGAGCAGAUGUUUGAGUCUGAUAUAGACAAUUCCAACGAAAACAGAUACAUGCCAAAAGAAGAACUUCCUGAAGAGGGAUCUGUUGGUCUCCCUGGCAAGAGGACUCAAGAAACUCUCACUGCGACUGACUUGAUUAUUGAUGCAUUAGACAUAGCCGAAGCUGAAUUGAAACGAGUUGAUCAGCACAAGGAGGAUAUAAGAAGUGGAAAAGGUGGUGCACUUCAACCGAAUGAUCUGUUGCGUGGGCUUAGUCCAUCUGACUAUGUUCUUCAUGCAAUUUCCAAUGUUCAGACAAAUGAUCUGGAGCAGACCCUACUGUCUUUACCAUUCUCAGAUGCUUUGAAGCUUAUAUCAUACUUGAAGGAUUGGGCCAGCAAUCCUUCCAAGGUUGAGCUUGUUUGUCGAGUUACUACGGUCCUUCUACAAACGCAUUACAACCAGUUAACCACUACACCGGCUGCCAGACCCAUGUUAACCAUACUCAAAGAUAUUCUGCAUGAAAGAGUAAAGGAGUACAAGGACACUAUUGGUUUCAAUCUUGCUGCAAUGGAUCAUCUCAAGGAACUUAUGUCCAUGAAAUCUGAUGCUCCUUUCCGGGACGCCAAAGCCAAGCUCAUGGAAAUUCGCUCGCAGCAGGCAAAGCGUCUCAAUGGUAAAGAGGUAGAGAAGAGCAGAAAGAAUAAGAAACGUAAGGCUUUGACUGAGACUGGUCCUGGCGCCUAAACCCUUAUUAAGAAUUCUGUCAAAGGAUCUGUUGCUGGAAUUGCAGCGUAAGUGUAAUGUACAUUAGCGUGCCCAUUUAAUCUGAUUGAUGGGUACAUAAAUUUUGACAUGUUGAGAUGUUAAUGUAGCAAAAGUGAGUUCCAUUUAGAGGAGCAAAAAGAGGAGCCAUUAUUUCCUUUCUGUUCUCGACAUCUUCAAUGCACUUAAGUAAAUCACGCGAAGGAAUUCGACAAGAUCAGUUCAGUUACUGUUUGGACAAAUUUUACAAGGCCCGCUUUCAAAAUGCAUCGCUAUAUGUAGCAUACAGGUUGAAGCUGUACUUCUUGAUUAUAACCUCAGUUUUGUAAUUCUUUGAUCAGAACAGUUUCUUCAUGGAGAGCAGUUCAGUUCCCUGUAAAGUCAACUAUUGUUAGUAUCUUUAUGAUUUGAGCUAAAACUUCUUGCUACUA